AAAGGCUAAGGACCAGACGUGGGGAAAGUCUAAGUUAGUUACCACCCAGGUAGCCGGGGGCUGCGGCGCGGGAAGCGGGCAGGCGGGGAGAGAGGAAGCUCGGGAGCGCGAGGACACCGGGCGGCCCGAGCUCUGCGGAGGCAGCCGCAGGGGAGGGGGCAGCGGCGGCGGCGGCGGCGCGCGGUCCGAGCCGGCGGGCCGCGGGGAGGGGCCGGAGGGAAGAGCCCAGGGGAAGGUAGAGCCGAGGGGAGUUCCGGAUCUGAAGCUGAAAAGGGCAGGCAGCGGAGAGGGCGGCAGCCGGAGCGGCAGGGGUGGGGGAAAGAGAAGGAGGAGGCGAGCCGGAGGAGGGGGAAGGAGGGAGGGGAGAGCAGUGGCGGCGGCUGCGCCGGGCUGUGUGUCUCUCGCCGCCGGAGGAAGAUGAGGCUGAAGAUCGGGUUCAUCUUACGCAGUUUGCUGGUAGUGGGAAGCUUCCUGGGGCUGGUGGUCCUCUGGUCUUCCCUCUCUUCCCGGCCGGACGACCCGAGCCCGCUGAGCAGGAUGAGGGAAGACAGAGAUGUCAAUAACCCCGUGCCUAACCGAGGAGGCAAUGGAUUAGCUCCUGGGGAUGACAGAUUCAAACCUGUGGUACCAUGGCCUCAUGUUGAAGGAGUAGAAGUGGACUUAGAGUCUAUUAGAAGAAAAAACAAGGCUAAGAAUGAACAAGAGCAUCAUGCUGGAGGAGACUCCCAGAAAGACAUAAUACAGAGGCAGUAUCUCACAUUUAAGCCUCAGACAUUCACCUACCGUGAUCCUGUGCUGCGCCCAGGGAUCCUCGGUAACUUUGAACCCAAAGAACCUGAGCCUCAUGGAGUGGUUGGUGGCCCUGGAGAAAAAGCCAAGCCAUUGGUUUUGGGACCAGAAUACAAACAAGCAGUUCAAGCCAGUAUUAAAGAGUUUGGAUUUAACAUGGUGGCAAGUGACAUGAUCUCUCUGGACCGCAGCGUCAAUGACUUACGUCAAGAAGAAUGCAAAUAUUGGCAUUAUGAUGAAAACCUUCUCACUUCAAGUGUCGUCAUUGUCUUCCAUAAUGAAGGGUGGUCAACACUCAUGAGAACAGUCCACAGUGUAAUUAAAAGGACUCCAAGAAAAUAUUUAGCAGAAAUUGUGUUAAUUGAUGACUUCAGUAAUAAAGAACAUUUAAAAGAAAAACUAGAUGACUAUAUUAAGAUGUGGAAUGGCCUAGUAAAGGUAUUUCGAAAUGAAAGAAGAGAAGGUUUAAUUCAAGCACGAAGUAUUGGUGCUCAGAAGGCUAAACUUGGACAGGUUUUGAUAUACCUUGAUGCCCACUGUGAGGUGGCAGUUAACUGGUAUGCACCACUUGUAGCUCCCAUAUCUAAGGACAGAACUACAUGUACUGUGCCUCUAAUAGAUUACAUAGAUGGGAAUGAUUAUUCCAUUGAACCACAGCAAGGUGGGGAUGAAGAUGGUUUUGCCAGAGGGGCCUGGGACUGGAGUUUACUAUGGAAACGUAUCCCUCUAAGCCACAAGGAAAAGGCCAAAAGAAAACAUAAAACUGAACCUUAUCGGUCCCCAGCCAUGGCUGGUGGAUUAUUUGCCAUCGAACGAGACUUCUUCUUUGAACUGGGUCUGUAUGAUCCAGGUCUCCAGAUUUGGGGAGGUGAAAACUUUGAGAUCUCAUACAAGAUAUGGCAGUGUGGUGGCAAAUUGUUGUUUGUCCCUUGUUCUCGUGUUGGACACAUCUAUCGUCUUGAAGGCUGGCAAGGAAAUCCUCCACCUGUUUCUGUAGGGUCUUCCCCAACUCUAAAGAAUUAUGUUAGAGUAGUAGAAGUUUGGUGGGAUGAAUAUAAAGACUACUUCUACGCCAGUCGUCCGGAAUCAAGGUCAUUACCAUAUGGGGAUAUAUCUGAGCUGAAAAAAUUUCGAGAAGAUCACAACUGCAAAAGUUUCAAGUGGUUCAUGGAGGAAAUAGCUUAUGAUAUCACCUCAUACUACCCUUUGCCACCCAAAAACAUUGAGUGGGGAGAAAUCAGAGGCUUUGAGACUGCUUACUGCAUUGAUAGCAUGGGAAGAACAAAUGGAGGCUUUGUGGAAUUAGGACCCUGCCACAGGAUGGGCGGGAAUCAGCUUUUCCGAAUCAAUGAAGCAAAUCAACUCAUGCAGUAUGACCAGUGUUUGACAAAGGGGCAUGAUGGAUCAAAAGUUAUGAUUAUACACUGUUAUCCAAAUGAAUUUAAGGAAUGGCAGUACUUAAAGAACCUGCACAGAUUUACUCACAUUCCUUCAGGAAAGUGCUUAGAUCGCUCAGAGGUCCUACAUCAAGUGUUCAUCUCCAAUUGUGACUCCAAUAAAAUGACUCAAAAAUGGGAAAUGAAUAACAUCCAUAGUGUUUAGAAAGAAUUUUUAAAAAACCAAUAAUCUACCUGCUGACAAGUAAAUUUAUACAGGACUGAAACCUGCCUGAAACCUGCUGCAACUAUUACUGUUAACUCUGUACAGCUCCAAACCCAGAACCUCCUGAUCAGUUUGAAGGACAAUGAUAAACUGUGAUUUUACAAUAACAUUAUCAUCCGCAGUUACUGUUUACAAAACUGCUUUUACCUUAAACUUUGUAGAUGUUUACAUCUUUUUUGUUUUGUUUUAAGAUGAUGUUGGUAAUUUGUGCCUUUAGCUCUGUUUUACUGGAACAGAGUUAAAAGCAUUUGUCUUCUUUGGGACUACACUCAGGGGUAUGAAAGGCAGUUUGAUUUUUUUUUUUAACACACUUGAAAAAAGGUUGGAAUAACCAGACUUUCAUAUAUAAUGUGGUGAUUAUCAACCUGUUGUGUCUUUAUUUAAUUUCACAUCUUUUUGAAGCACUGCCACAGGUUAUUAGACAAGGUGGCCUUCUUUCACAGUCAUGCUGCUUUUUUGAAAGGUGAAUUUCGACACAUUUAGUGCCUCUUUCAUUUCUCAGUAUAUAUCUCAAGAGCUUUUGAUGAAAUUUAUAGGAUAGUAAUGAUGGAAUUGUCACCUAUAUGAGAAUACUCUUAUUUCUCAGAAAUGAAUUGACAUGCUGCCAUUUGCUAUGAAGUUAAGUGCUGUAAGGCUUUAAAAAGAAAUGACAACAUGGAACAUCCCAAGGCUAUGCCAUAGGGUUUGAAGAUUGCACUGCGUUAACUCCCUUACCUGCUGGCAUUUCCAAUGCCCUCUGUCCUUGCAAACCCCGAGAAUGGUAAAGGGGUUUUCCAACUAGAGCAAAAUUAUCCACUGACAUUUGGGAUUCACUUUUCCCUACUGUCAUUUUAGAAAACUAUAAAUCUCAGUUUUAAAACUUGAGAGUAAAAAAACAAAAUGAGAAAGCACCACUAUAGAAAAGACAAAUGUUCAUUCUGAGGUAAAAAUCCCCAAGCCCUUUUUAGAUUAAGCCUUACGAAACUCCUGUGCAUUAUAACCUAAGCUGUGCAACCUGUAAAGCCGAGAGUGAAUUGAUGUUUCAUUUAUAUCAUCAUUCAAAUGAAUUCCCUGUGCAUUUUUAAAAUUAAGAAAAAAAAAAACACUUAAGAAUACAGUUCAUUAACAAA